GCUGCCGGCGCGGCGGUGACGGGGGCCGGGGCGAUGCCUGCGCGCAGCCGCCACCGCCCCCGCCCCGACCCCGGCUCCCCGCCCCGGGCUCCGCCCCCGCCGCUCGAGGCACUUCACUCGGGCGAGGCCCGGAGGUCCCCGGACUCCGACGGCGGCUCGGACGCCGACUCGGAGGUGGGUCCGGGGAGCCCGACUCCGACCGCCGAGGCAGUAAAGGAGGAAAUGGCAGGUCCUAAUCAACUCUGCAUUCGCCGCUGGACUACCAAGCAUGUAGCUGUGUGGCUGAAGGAUGAAGGCUUUUUUGAAUAUGUAGACAUUUUAUGCAAUAAGCACCGACUUGAUGGAAUCACAUUGCUAACACUGACUGAAUAUGAUCUUCGGUCUCCUCCUCUGGAAAUCAAAGUCUUAGGAGACAUUAAAAGGUUAAUGCUCUCAGUCCGAAAAUUGCAAAAAAUACAUAUUGAUGUCUUAGAAGAGAUGGGCUACAACAGUGACAGUCCCAUGAGUUCCAUGACUCCUUUCAUCAGUUCUCUUCAGAGUGCAGACUGGCUCUGUAAUGGGGAGCUUUCACAUGACUGUGACGGACCCAUCACUGACUUGAAUUCUGAUCAAUAUCAGUAUAUGAAUGGUAAAAACAAACAUUCUAUUCGGAGAUUGGACCCAGAGUACUGGAAGACCAUACUGAGUUGUAUAUAUGUUUUUAUAGUAUUUGGAUUUACAUCUUUCAUUAUGGUUAUAGUCCACGAGCGAGUACCUGACAUGCAGACCUAUCCACCACUCCCAGAUAUAUUCUUAGACAGCGUUCCUAGAAUCCCAUGGGCCUUUGCCAUGACAGAAGUAUGUGGCAUGAUUCUUUGCUAUAUUUGGCUCCUGGUUCUUCUUCUUCACAAACACAGGUCAAUUCUCCUGCGAAGGCUCUGUAGUCUGAUGGGCACUGUAUUCUUGCUUCGCUGCUUUACCAUGUUUGUGACCUCCCUCUCCGUGCCAGGACAGCACCUGCAGUGUACUGGAAAGAUAUAUGGCAGUGUAUGGGAGAAAUUACAUCGGGCCUUUGCCAUUUGGAGUGGCUUUGGUAUGACCUUGACUGGUGUUCACACUUGUGGAGAUUACAUGUUCAGUGGCCACACAGUUGUCCUGACUAUGCUGAAUUUCUUUGUCACCGAAUAUACACCAAGAAGCUGGAAUUUUCUGCAUACUUUAUCCUGGGUUCUCAACCUCUUUGGAAUCUUCUUCAUUUUGGCUGCCCAUGAACAUUAUUCCAUUGAUGUGUUUAUUGCCUUUUAUAUCACAACAAGACUCUUUUUGUACUACCAUACUCUGGCCAAUACCAGAGCCUAUCAGCAGAGUAGGAGAGCAAGGAUUUGGUUUCCCAUGUUUUCUUUUUUUGAAUGCAAUGUUAAUGGCACUGUACCUAAUGAAUAUUGUUGGCCAUUUGCAAAACCAGCAAUAAUGAAAAGACUAAUUGGAUGAAGACUGUAUCUUUGUAAUGAGUUCCAGAUUAAAUAUGCAGUAGUUGAAAAUGAAUAACUUCACUUUCUCCCCCUAGGUUGUUCCUGUAUGCCUUGCUUAUUGGCUUAUAUGUUGACAAAGUAAAGUUUCCUGUUCUGAGCAAGGCUCUGAUUAUAAGAAACAAGAAGGAAUAUUCCAGAGUCCUUACAUAGCUGUUUGAACAGAAAACUUAAGUAGAUGUUUUCUGCACUUUCUUUUUAGGAAGACUUAAUGUUGUGAUUGAAGUUAGGCUGUUCCUCUUACCUGUUAAGUAUUUGCUUAUUAAACUUAAGCAAAUCAACUUAAUCAGUUUGCUGGUUGAGGGAUUUUUAUUGAUUUCCAGUAGGACUGUAGUCAAAUAUUUUUCAAAGCUCCUUAUUAUUAUCAAAAGGAAAAACCAUACCACAUGAGCAAUACUUGUUCUUUGUAUUACUCUCUGUGUCAGUUUAAAAAAUGCACUCUGGAAAGUAAUCUGUUUUAUUGACAAAUAGUUUUUGCCUUCUGAAUCAUCUUUAAGCAAAGUAUGCUGAGCAUACCAGGAUGCCUGGAAAAGAAAAGCAUGAAAGGGGCCAUACAUGAGGUGGCAGAGUAUACAGAUGAACAAGCCAUCCGUCUCCUCAGUCAUGCAAAUGUAGGGCUAGCAUUUUUCACCAAAGAUGCAACAAAAGAUGCAGUUCCUAUUUUGUUCUGAGGGUGCAGUAUGACCAUCAGUAAGUAUUCAUGAGGGGAAAAUGGCUGGAUCCAUAAGAAUAAAUCGGCUUAAUGUUAGUAGUAUAGUUACCUGGAACAAUUUUUGUGUUAUAGUUGUUAGAUAGAUGACAGCCUAAUUUUAUGGUUUUAUAAUGAUGUUAUUUAGUGAGCCAAAUAGUAAUGUUUUACCAGAUGUUAAAGUUCUUAUGUCGUUAAGUAUGGAUGCAUGCAUACAAAGAAUUUUUCCUCCUUCUGAAAAGAAAUUUAUAGCAAGUUGCAGGCAUAACAUAGAUUUUUGAUUUUUGAAAUUUCUCAUUCUUGGCCAUCUGAGGUAAGCAGUUUCAGCGAUAUUUGGAUACAAAAAGGUGUUGUUUUUUUCUUUUUAAAUAUAAGUGUGUAUAUACAUUCUUUCUAAUCUUAAUUUGGCAGUCAGGACAUAAUAUAAUUUAACUGCCAUUUACAAUGCUAGAAAUUUAGUACCCUAAGUAAUUUCACCUCAGUGAUAACAUUUGUCACCUUACUUUUAAUGAUUUUAUAUAAUAGUUAUGACAGUAGGAUGGCUAAGGAAUUGGAAUUUGAGCCCCAACUAAUGAUCUUAGCUACUUAGAAUAUUAAUUGUGUAGUUUUUACUUUCCAUUUUAAAACGAGGAGUUAGAAAAGGUGCUGGCAUACUGCAAUCUGAAAUACUGCAAUCUGAAAUUAGGCCAUACAGAAGACACUUGCUUCUUCCUUAACUGAGGAAAUACUUUAUUUUUGCACUUUGAGUCAUAUUCCCACCCUGUAUAAGCUACAGCUGAAUGAAUUGGGUAGGAAAGGAAAUUAUGCAGACAAGUUUCAGCCAGUGCUGAAGGACUCCAAUUUGGGUCUGCUCUGAAUAUUAUUUUUUAUUUCUCAUUUGAGAAAGGGCACGAGACAAUUCAUGUUGUAUUAUGCUUUUAAAUUUCACACUUUAGAAUCUUAUAAUAUCUUAAAUUAUUGAUUCUGUUAUAUGCUAGGAACAAAAAUGCCAACAUCUCAUCUAAAGAAAUACCAUAAUCAUGAAAGGUGAAGGAUGUUUUGUAUGCCAGUUAAAACAUAACUGUGGUUUGUUUAAUCUUUUGAGGUCAAAAGAUUUUUUUUGUUUGUUUGUUUUUGUUUUUGGCCAGGGCUGGGUUUGAACCCACAACCUCCGGCAUAUGGGGCCGGUGCCCUACUCCUUUCAGCCACAGGCGCCGCCCUUUUUUUUUUUGUAAAUGACAGAACAAGACUGAAUUUAGCUAGGAAUAUUAAGCUAGGUGCCUUGGCUUGUACUCAUAAUCCUGGCUACUUGGGAGGCUGAGGUAAGAGGAUCGCUUGAGCCCAGGAAUUCAAGACCAGCCUGGGUGAUAUGGUGAGAUCCUGUCUGCAGAAAAAAAGAAAAAGCAUGCCAGUUGCAGUGUUGUGCCUUUAAGGCCCAGCUGUUCAGAGGCUGAGGCAGGAGGGUUGCUUGAGGCCAAGAGCCUAGAGAAUGUAGUAUGCUAUUAUCACACCUAUUAAUGGCCACUAUGCUCUAACCUAAGCAACAUAACAAGACCCCGUGAUUUUAAAAAAGGUUAAAUAGCUAUUAACAUCAGUCUUCUUCUUUCAUAUGGAUUCUAUUCUAAAACCUAAUAGAGAAAUUAAUGUAAAUAACUUUGCAGAGCUACUGACAUUGAGAGUGCCUAACAACAGACUGCAAUGAGGAUUGUAAAAUAACUUCACAACUUUGCAUUUAUUCAUAUCUGUUUUGCGAAAAAGGUAAGCUAGAUUUAUAAUUUAUUAUUUUAAUUAUUACAAGGCAGUGUUUACAUCAAUCAUCUCUAAAGUCUCUUUCUUGGAAAGCUUUGAGGCAAAAUUAUUUCAAUUUUUCUUAAACAUUAGACCUAUAUUUUAGUUGCUUUCUGUUUUGUCCAGAAAUUUCCAUAUAUUUAUCUUUGUAUUUUUUUCUUGUUAAAAUUUAAACCACAGUGAAGAUAGUAUUUAUGUUUACAUUUUGGGUGUGAAUGUGGCUAGGUAGAGAAGCUUCAGGCCUUGUAUUUAGCUCUGCAGCUACAGGCUUAUGAAAGGCUCACAGCACUGAGACUUUAGUAUAGAAGGAACAAAAAGGUUUUUGGUUUGGGGAUGUAAACUGGAGGUUAUGUUGCAAGUCCUUCAUGCAUUUAUUGUGUUCCUGAGAAUGUGUUGCACUCCCCCCCACCUUUCCCUUCCUUCUUUAUGUUUUUAAGACCAGGCAGGGUAGUGCUACUGAAGGGUGAGUGAAGUUUGUAGAGAGCAAGAGGUUUUGAAGAAUCCAAAUUUGCUGUUAUCACCAAAUAAUUGAGGGAAAACUUUUUUGGCUGUGCUGCAGAAUUCUCAACAUGGCUAUCAUCUCCAUAGUUCUCUGUAACCAGAAUCGCUAGGGCAAAAAUACAACUUUCAUACUCUGUCUUAUUUGUAUCCUUUCAAAUUAGGAAGCUAUGAGCUUAGCCUUAGAACCAGUCAGUAAGUGUGGGCUAUUAGCAAGAAAAACCCAUUGACUGAAAGACAAAGAAACCUGUUGACUGAGAGACCUGCUGGUAGUGUGACUCUGACCCUGCAAGUGGUUUUUCCUACCCUAUACCUGCCUAAAUGUUAUUACUAAGAAUCCCAAAAGUCCUAUAAUUUGUAAAUUUAGAACAGAGGAGCCAAAUUCUUUUAUAGCUGGUAAGAUACAGUGUUUUUUAGGAACAUCUGUUUGGAAAGCAUUCAUAUAUUCGUUAAGUCAUAUUCAUAACACUAACCUGCUUUGACUGUAUUCAGCAAAGGGUGAUUUCAUCAUUAUUUUCAUAGUAAGCUUUUUAAAAAAUUCUAGAUCCAAAAUGCUUAAGAAUGUUAACCAUAUUCUUGUUUUAAACUCUCUGAUUUAAUGAAUUUAAUUCUUUAAUAGCCUUUUUGUAGACUUGGGUUAUCCUCUGCUAAAAGUAAUUACAGUACAGUCAUUUGUCAUUUCUUUGACAUAUUCAGGCAUUUGAGCCAAGAAAACUCUUGUUUUAGGAUAAUCCAAUUACUUUCUUAAACAGUUUUGGUUUCAUUAGCGAGUUUCAAAGCCAACAAAGCUUGUCAGUUUUAAUGCCAGCUUUAGUUGGCAGUUUAGACAGUAUUUAUUAAAAGGUUACCCUGAAUUACCCCUAUACUUCUGUGGAGAAGAAUUGUUGGUAACAUUAAAGGUCAGAAUGCUUCAGGUCCCCAGUUUGAAUAGAAAGAGUUUAAGUUGGUUUUUGUUUGUUUCUUCUCUGUGUUUGAGUAGGUUUGAAUGGCUAAGAUUAAUAUGGAAGUAGAUUUUGGUCUCCCUCUCACCUCUCCUGGGUUGAAUGUCACCAAUUUCACAUAACUAAAAUGUGACCAAUUACUUUGUAUCAGUUUGAUACAAAUAUCUAUGAAAUCUAUAAGACAUGUUUCAGCUACCAAUAAGUUAUUUUUUAGAAUACAUUGUACCAUGAAUCAACCAAAGGCCUUUCUCUGUUCAGUUGCAGCAUAAGAAAGGUUUGUGUCUGUAUGGCAGAAGGAACAUUAUGUUAAUUCAUUGUUAUUUCAGGUCUGUUUCAAUGUGAACUACUGGGUUGUCUGGAGAAUUGAACAUAGCCAAGCAUUAUUAUCAGUUAGUGAGAUCAUCUUUAAAAUAUUUAAUUUUUAAUUUUUAAUUCAGAGACUCUAUGGAUAAUUAGGACAAUGAAGUAUUUCUGAUAUGGAACAAAGGAAGUGGAAACUGGUAUUUGAUGGGGGAAGCAAAGUUACCUUGGUCUAAAAUGGACAUGUUUUAUUUUGAGAAUUCUACCUAAAUGUCUCCCUAUCCACAGAGAAACUAGUAUUAUUUGAAGAUGUGAAAGUUCCUGUGGUAGCCAUACUUGGAAGCACAGUAUUGUACAUAAGUAAAUAUCUUGAUUCUAAAUUAAAUCCAGAUUCAACUAAUAUAUAUUAUUUUAUAUCUUUGUUGUAUUAAAAUGUUUUGAAACACUAAAAAUAAAACAUUUGAAAGUUGGAUUGCAGUUAAAUAAUUUAUUAUUAUUUAAUAAAUUUAAAUAAUAUUUCUUAUUUAAAUAGCUUUGUGUUAUUAAGGCAGCUGGUCAUUUUGUUUUUCCUCCCGCAGCUAUUUAUCAAUUUAUUGUUUUUCUUUCUUUCUUUUUUUUUUUUUUAUUAAAUCAUAGCUGUGUACAUUAAUGCAAUCAUGGGGCAUCAUACACUGGUUUUAUAUACAAUUUUACAUAUUUUCAUCACACUGGUCUAUUUUUUGUACAGUGAAUUUUAAUGUUUGCAAAUGAUUGACCUCUGCAACUCUAAAUGUCUAGUAUCUAGUUCCUUGUAUUUACUUACCCAUAAUUAUCCACUACAUAAGUGAUUUACUCAGUCCCCUUCCUUUUCUGUAAACUAGGAAAGCAAGCUUCCUCAGGGUAUUUAGAAUAACUGUAAAAUGUUGAGAGGAGGCCGAGACCAGCCUGAGCUAGAGUGAGACCUUGUCUCUAAAAAUAGCCAGGUGUUGUGGCAGGCACCUGUAGUCCCAGCUACUCAGGAAGCUGAGGCAAGAAGAUCACUGGAGCCCAAGAGUUUAAGUUUGCUGUAGGCCAUGACACCAUGGCACUCUAUCGGGGUGACAAAGUCAGAUUGUCUCCCCCGAAAAAGGAAGUUGAGAAGGAGAGAAGGGAAGCAAAUAACUACUUAUUCAUGGAUAUAUUAAAGUUUUUUAGGCUGGGUGCAGUGACUCAUGCCUGUAAUCCUAUCAAUCUAGGAGGCCGAGGUAGGUGGAUUGCUUGAGCUCAUAAGUUCAAGAUCAGCCUGAGCAAAAGCAAGACCCCAUCUCUACUGAAAAUAGAAAAACUGGGGCAAGAGGAUCUCUUGAGCCCGGGUUGGAGGCACUCUACUCAGGGCAACAACUUAAGACUCUGUCUAGGAAAAAAAAAAACAACUUUUUGUUUAUUUUUGCUUUAUUUAAUUGUAGAUUAUGAUGAACAAGAAAAGGUUUGUUAGGGCUAGCCCCGUAGACCUGAACCAUGGAGUAGCUGGAAUGCUAAGCAUUGUCCCAAGUGCAGUCUGGCAUCAGUUUAAUACAUGACUGAGCUUGCUGUGAUUGCUGCUAAUGUGUAGCCUCUGUAGUUCUGGUCCUGCUGGUUUAAGAACUCUGCAAAAGAAUAGUACAGAACAGUCCUAGAGGGAGCUUGAUAGAAUAGCAGAUGCUCUGGAUUCAGACUCUGAGGACCUGGGUAUGAGUUGCAUUGCUACAACUAAUUAAAUCAGGUUUUUCUUCAAGCCUCCAAUUAAUCCUAUAUAUUAAAUGGAAAAAAAUGCCUAUCUCCUAGGUUGUAUAAAGGUCCAGAUUAUAAAAGUACUGUAGAAUUGCUGGCUCAGUAUUGAAUACGUAAUGCUGAAAUAUUCGUUGAAUUAAGUAAAACUCAAUAAAGUAGAGCCUCUGCCCCAGUGAAUUAAUAAUCUAGCUGGAAGAUAGACAUGUCUAUCUCUUAAAGAGACAUUCAGGUGCACAUAGCCCAGUGGUUACAGCACCGGCCACAUACACCGAGACUGGCAGGUUCGAACCCAGCCCGGGCCUGCCAGACAGCAAUGACAAUUGCAACAACAAAAAUUGCUGGGUGUUGUGUUGGGUGCCUGUAGUCCCAGCUACUUGGGAGGCUGAGGCAAGAGGAUCGCUUGAGCCCAGGAGUUUGAGGUUGCUGUGAGCUAUAAUGCCAUAGCACUCCACUGAGAGGGCGACAAAGUGAGAAUCUUUCUCAAAGGAAAAAAAGACAUUCAUUGCUUGAAUAGAUUGGUAGUUUUAAAACUGCUAGCUGAACAUCUUUGGGGUAGGGAAAAGGAGGUGGAGCUUUCAGUUCACUCGUACCAUUUUCUUUCUUUUGUGUGUGGGGGGCAGUCUCAUAUCGCCCUGGGUAGAGUGCUGUGGCAUCA